GUUAAAAAAAGCCACGCCGCCGUGCGAAUACUUGAAAAACAAAUUUUCCUUUGCCUCUAUUUCAUUGUUCUUGUAUUGUUACCGUGGGUUUACGAUUUAUUGUCAGUUUGGGUCCAUCACGCUUGUUAUCUCGCUACUUGUUUAGUGUUCUGAGAAGGAGGGACGAUUUGGGUCAAUUUAGGGUUUUGAUAAAGAGUGACGAUGAUGGAGGAAAAGCGGGGUGGAGGAAUGAGUGCCGAGGAAAGGGAGAAAUUCCUUCGCAUCGCCAAAGAGUGGCACGGCGGUGGGGUUGAAAAGCCCGAAAUUUAUCACCAGAAGCUGGUAGAUAAUUUUAAGAGAGCUGCAGCCUACGUUGGGUUCAAUGAAUCGACGACUUCUCUUCCUCCUUCAAAUUACCCUCAGGACGCAAUGUUAAUGCUCUACGGCCUAUAUAAACAGGCAACCGAGGAAACCGAGUUUGAUGAUAUUCCCUUGCCUAAAUCAUCGGAUGAACUGGAGCAAAAACUAUACUGGAGCCGGAUUGGCAUGCUAUGCAUGCCACCUACACUUGCAAUGAUGAACUUUGUGGCAACUGUGAAGAUUGUAGACCCAGCAUAUCGUGCCAGUGCGUCAAAUUUUAGCAGGGAAUCGCUUGAACAAUCUGAGUUGAAUGUGAGUGUGUAAACAAUUUCGUGAAUUAUCUGGUUUUGCCUGUCUUCUACAUUGCUUAGUGCAAAUAGUGAAGGAGGAUCUCUACAUCAUAGGUAUUAGAAGCAAGACUUGCUUAUGAUAUUUCACCUGUUGAAAGUUGUCAUAGUCUGAUAAUCUGCGGCUGCUCAGUCUGUCUAAAAAUAAAAUGAAGAAGAAGAUGAUUCAAAGAUUUACAUCAGCAUGGUAGUAUCUGAUAUUAUACUUGUAUACAUGUCAGGCGUUGAUUGUCCCGAAUGAGAAAAGGAAAGUGUACCCUAUGUGUUGGGUUGUGGGUUCAAUUCUACAAAGUGCUAUUCAUAUUCAAUGCUAGACUGCUAUACCCUAUGUGUUGUGCUGUAGUUUCAAUUCUACAAACUGUUAUUCAUAUUUAAUGCUGGACUACUACAGAAUUUCAUGAAAUUACAUUCAUUAUUUGAGUAAACAAUAUCAUAGCACAUCCUUAAGUCUGUUCCAAGAUCCAAACAAUUUGGUCUGUUUCAAGACCCAAACAAUUUAGUCUGUUAACAAGAUCGAAACAAACUGAGAUCUCAACUCUUUCAGCAUCCAAAUUAAUCAAUUGUACAAGUCAUAAAGAUGCAACAAAUAGUGUGUUCACCAUCUUGAAUUAAGUGCUUAAGAACCCUCAGAAUCUUUUAGUUCUAUCUGCGUUAUCAAUAAGAAGUCUUCGAGUGGCUAAUUGUGAACCAUGAAGUUGCAAUUUAUCUUGUAUUGAGUGUUUAGGCUAGCAAUCGGCAACAUAUAUUAUUGUACAUUCUCCAACAAGGAAGUGAUUUAAUUAAGUUGUGAAAGGAAGAUUAUUAGAUAUUAAGCGAAAUUUGAAAGAAGCAUGUUGCAGACUUUCUUUUUCCUUCACAUCCUUUAAGCUAUUGGUGCCAUUUCGGACAAGAGGCUCUCUUUUCGAUGAUUUGGAGUAGGUGAAUUAGAUUUUUCAUGUUGUCCAUGUGUUUGCAUUUUGCAAAGAUAUUGUAUUGUCACCUGCUGUUUUAUUCAAAGUCUUCAUUUACCCCACAGUAUCUG